AUGACUCAACUUCCUUCAGUGUCGGAAUUGAUGAUCAAGUCCUCCAAAGACAGCUCGCCCACCAGCAGCCUCCCGCUCCCUGCAGACACCAAGCCAGUGUCGGCGCCCCGUUCGCCCUCCACCAUACCGCGGAUCUCGUCCUCCUCAUCCUUCUCCAACAAGCUCAACUACUCGUCCUCGCGGGCCAACCUCCCCCCACCGGCGCCCAUCCGCAGGCUCACCGAGCCCUCCAUCAUGUACAACCAGACGCCCCAGGCGCCAGCGCAUAUCGCAUUACUCGCAUCCCCCCACCCUCCUGUCAACUACCAGUUGAACCAACGCAUGUCAACAUCCUCGUCCAUCGACCCGCUCACCAGAGAACCUUCCACCACCACCUACUCCACCAUCAACUCCUCGCCGUCCAUGAAGACCCAGGCGGUGGCCAGCGCAUCCAACCUCCCACCAGCUCCCCAGUACCCCCACCCCAGCCAUAGCCAAGGCACCCUGCCUACGUCAGGCGCGUCCUACCCUUACCACGAGUUCCCCCAAUCGCUUCCGCAGCCGCCGCAGGCUCCACAUGCGCCAGGUCCCCACGACAUGAACCCUCCACCAGGCUACCCCUACUACUACCCGGUGGCACCGGUGUACCAGCAGGGUCCGCAGGGCGAGGUCCUCCACCACCAGCAUGUCCAGCAGCCAUACAUGUACCAGGUGCCGCCAGGGGCAACCCCUGCAGGUGCCCCCGGAACUGGGUACUACCACCCCGGCAUGCCGCCCCGCAUGAUGUCCCAGACCAUGGACAACGGACUCUCGAUGGUGGGCAUGCAGAUGGCGCCAGGAAUGUAUGAAGAGAAUAACGCGUUGAUCAACAAGCGCCGCAUCAUCAAGAGACGGACGCGGACUGGCUGCCUUACGUGCCGCAAGAGAAGAAUCAAAUGCGACGAGCGCAAGCCCACCUGCUUCAAUUGCGAGCGCUCCAAGAAGGUGUGCUUGGGGUACGAGAAAUUGAACGGCUUGGGCAACAAGAAGAGAAGAGACACCAGCCUCGACUUGCUCCAGGACGGCGAGGACGACGACAACGACCACGACCACGACCAGGCGCUGCUGCCGCUCCAGGAGCAGGAGGAGGCUGCGCAGGCCUCCAAGGACCAGAAUGGUACUGGUGACCAUUCUGGCGCAAGCCCCACCGACUCCAAAGUGUCGGUGCAUAACUUGAUCAAGUAG